AUGAAAAGGAAAAGGGUUGACAAGAGUGUUAAUGAUAAAAAGGUUAACAUGAAAGGGAAAAAAGUAAUUGGAGCUGAAGGAAAAUGUAAAGAAGGGAAGGUAGGAACUGAAUUUCAAAGGUUGAGUACUCGUAUAUCUCCAAAUUCUUUGUAUCUAGCCAUGAAAUGUUUGUCAAAGAGCCAGAGAGAAAUGGUACGUGAUAUGGGUUUUGGAUCUUUUCUGGGAAUGAAGAUUGAUACACUACCUGGAAAGCUAGCAUAUUUUGUUGUAGAUAGCUUCACAACAGAAAUUGAUUCAGAGCACCUUAGAGUGUUAGAAGAAUAUGAAGUAAGCAGGGGUGUAUUUGGAAAUCUAAGUUUAAGGGAAAAUGUGGAUGGUGUGUUUUAUGAUGCGAUGAUGAAUCAAGAUCAUUCAAAAGAUAGAUCAGUUGAGGAGAGUUGUGGGAUUAUUGAGAGUAUGGUAGGCAGGUUGGUUGAGCAGAAGCAGGUUGUAGAGGCAAGUAGUUUGAUGUGUAUGGAAAUGCAUCCGAAUAAUGAUAAAAUGAAGGCAGUGAUUAAGAAGGUUGUUGACAUAUUUAAUGGGACAACACUAAAAGCCUUAAUUGCUGAAGGGCAUGAAGAUAGAAUGGAGGUUGAUGGUACGAGUGUGAAGGCAACUGAAGGAGGACAAAAAGAUGAGGAUAUGAACCAAAUGAUUACUAAUUUGACAAAUAAGAUGGGGGAGGAUUUACUUAGUGGACGAAAAGUUCAUUCUGAAUCGAAUGUAGAUGCUUCAUAUCAUGGAAUGGAAGGAAUGUCCCCGACAAUUGUGAAGCCAACUGGUAUGUGCAAUGAUAAGGUUCUGUUUGAGCAUCAUGGUGGUACACCGCAACAGAAUAUAGGAAUGGAAGUUGUAAUGUACAAUGGGAAUUCUACUUUUGAUUCUCCUUGUAUAUUAACACCUGGUCGGAUAAAGCAAGCUGAUGAAAUAGAAAGGAACCGCUCUAAAAAGAGUAGUAUGUUUAAUAAUGAUUGUCCAUCGUUUGAAGCUAGACUUAAUGAAUGUGUAGAUGAGAUGAAUAUUGCGAAAGGGAAUGAAGGUAAAGAUGAUGCAAUUGUUGAACAGGAAUGUCUUAAAAGGACAAAGAGAAAUGUUGAAGCUGUAGUAGGGAUUAAAAUGAGAGAAAAAAGAGAAAUGAAGCAUGGGCCUACAUUGAAGUCACCUUUUGUACAAAGAGUUGUGGACUUGAAAGAUUCAGUUGAGCAAAAAGAAAUACUGGUUGCACAAGCUAUUAUUGGAUUAGGAAUGGAUAAAACGGAGCUCGUAUGGGAAUCAAAAGAAGGGUUUGGAAUGCAUCUACAAUAUGCCAGAACUCUUGCAGCAAAAGUUAAUAUUCAUUCAAAUGUAAUCGACUGUUGGAGUGUUGUACUAAACAAAUUGGAAGAGAGUAAGGCUGAGUCGUCAUAUUCUAGACUUUUUUUUACAACAGGCACACUGCGUGAAUCAAUGUUUGACGAGAGGGUAAAUGAAGAUGUGAGAUACAAGGAGUUUGAAGUUAUGGUCUCCUCAGCAAUUGAAGAUCUUACAACUGAUUCUGAGAUGAAAAACGUGGAUUUGGUUUUCUUCCCCAUUGUUGAUGGGAAUUACUACCUCAUAUGUUUUAACCUUAAAAGUUUUUCACUUUUGAUAACUGAUCAAAGGAGAUUGGUGGGGACAGUUGAGUCGGUCUAUGGGAACAUACCUCGUAUGUUGCAAAAAAUUUUCUGCCGUUUUCUAAAUGAUGUCUGUAAGAAGAGGGUGAAGACCCCGAUGACAAGGAAUGUGGUGGUGUUGAAAAUGAAGUGUCAAACAUACAAUCAUUCAGAUGAUGGUGGAAUCUACCUUAUGCGACAUAUGGAGAGUUUUAUGGGGGAUCAAACAUCAAAGUGGGAUUGUGGGCUAGUUGUGGAUUUAAAAACACAAGAUAUGUAUUUACAGAAGUUAAGGUACAAGUAUUUGGUGAGGUUGCUUUUGUCUGAUCAUAAUAUUUUGAAGUGUGAUUUUGAAAAGGAGUAUGCAAAGUUUGUUAAAAUGGAUAAGGCGACAAGGAAGAAAAUAGUUCAGGAGAAUCUAAAAGUAGUCUUUGAUGAAGCAAUUGGUUAA